AUGGCUGCCACCGAAAAGUGUCCGAUAGAGCUUGAGAAGUCCUCCAAGUUGGCCAAUGUGCCACACUGCGAGCAAUACGAGAGGAUGAUCUCGGGCAUGCUGUCAGUCAACCCCUCCUCGACCCCUCUUCUCAAGGAGCAGUCAUACUCACAUCAAAACAGCUACGACUCCUUCGUCCCCGAGCUCGUCAAGGGACGUCUCGACGGCCGCAAGUUCAUGCACGAAUACAACAAUUGGUUCCCCACGAGCGACGACGAAUACACGCAUGAAGCCGUGGCCAAGAAGCGAGCCGAGAUGCUGCGCGGGCGACUCGGCCAUGUCGCCGACGACGAAGUCUUUAUCGAGCCCCCCUUCCGUGUCGACUACGGCCCAAACGUCUCGGUAGGCAAGAGAUUCUAUGCCAACUUCGGCCUCACGAUCCUAGAUUCUGCCAUCGUGACGAUUGGUGAUCGCGUGAUGGUUGGCCCUAACGUCAUGAUUUCGACUGCGACGCACGAGAUCGAAGUUGCGAGCCGAAGGGAUAACAUCGAGUACGCCAAGGCCAUAAACAUCGGCAACGACUGUUGGAUUGGAGGCGGCGUUAUAAUUCUUCCUGGUGUUACUAUCGGCGACGGAUGUACGAUAGGCGCGGGAUCCGUUGUUACGAGAGAUGUUCCAGCUUGGAGUGUGGCUCUUGGAAGUCCUGCGAGGGUGGUUAAGAAGGUUCCGGAGUUGCCCAUGCCUGAGGAGUGA